AUGGCUGACGAUUUGAUUGCGAAAUUCCAAUCACUUGGCAUGAGUGAGCAGAAGGCCAAAGAGACGGCUAAAAAUGCAAAUGUGAGUAAAAAUUUGCAGCUGGUCUUGGAACAAUGCAAUGGUGCAUCGCUGGCCGAUGGUGUUGGCAUGUUGUUGUAUCACAUGGCAACAAAAAUCAAACCCCAAUGUGCUGAACAUUUGCCACUGCUGGUACGUUAUAUUGUGGAAAAGAAAUUGGACUCCACAAUGCGUGUUGAUGCCGGCUUAGAAUAUCUACUAAAAUGUGCCGUUCAGAAAAAGGGACAAACUAUUGAUUUGGCUGAAUUGGAUAAGGAAUGUGGUGUGGGUGUCGUUGUAACUCCCGAAGAAAUUGAAAGUGUCGUCCAGAAGCAAGUGGCCAAACAUAAGGAUGCCUUGUUGGAACAACGUUAUCAUUUCAAUAGUUUUAAAAUUAUGCAGGAAGUGCGUGAGCAAUUGAAAUGGGCCGAUGCCAAGAGUGUUAAGGCAGCCAUUGAUGUGGAAAUCUUUGAUUUGUUGGGUCCCAAAACGGAGGAAGAUAUGAAGCCCCUUACCAAGGGUGAUAAGAAAAAGGAAAAACCUAAGGCAGCGGAAAAUAAACAAGCUAACAAUAAAACUACAGCUGCUGCUGCCAGUAAGGAAGUGGAAUCAUCAUCCUCAGAUGGAGCCAACACUAUUGCCGAAUUGAUGAAAACUAAAGUCCACUUCCAUGCCCCUGGUGAAAAUUACAAAACCGAUGGUUAUGUGGUAACCGACAACACCGAAAGGCUAUUGAAAGAACAUUUGAAGGCCACCGGUGGUAGAGUACAAACUCGUUUCCCACCCGAACCUAAUGGUAUUCUUCACAUUGGCCACGCCAAGGCAAUUAACAUUAAUUUCGGUUAUGCCGCUGCCCACAAUGGUGUCUGCUAUUUACGUUACGAUGAUACCAACCCCGAAAAGGAAGAGGAAAAAUUCUUUGUUGGCAUCAAGGAUAUGGUUGAAUGGUUGGGUUAUAAACCCUAUAAAAUUACCCACUCCUCAGAUAAUUUCCAACAGUUGUAUGAAUGGGCUGUUGUCCUCAUACGUAAAGGUUUGGCCUAUGUUUGUCAUCAAUCCGCCGAUGAAAUGAAGGGAUUCAAUCCCAAACCCAGUCAAUGGAGAGAUCGUCCCAUCGAAGAGUCGUUGCAACUCUUUGAAGACAUGAAAAAUGGUAAAAUUGAUGAAGGGGCUGCCACCUUGCGUCUUAAGUUAACCCUGGAAGAGGGAAAAGUGGAUCCCGUCGCCUAUCGUAUCAAGUUUAUUGCCCAUCAUCGCACCGGCAACAAAUGGUGUAUUUAUCCCACAUAUGACUACACUCAUUGCCUGUGUGACUCGUUGGAAAACAUUACCCAUUCCUUGUGUACCAAGGAAUUCCAAUCGAGAAGAUCUUCCUAUUAUUGGUUGUGUAAUGCCUUGGACAUCUACUGCCCAGUCCAAUGGGAGUACGGCCGUCUGAAUAUGAACUAUGCUUUGGUCUCAAAACGUAAAAUUGCCAAGCUGAUAACCGAAAAGAUUGUCAAUGAUUGGGACGAUCCUCGUCUAUUCACACUGACAGCAUUGCGCAGAAGAGGUUUCCCCGCCGAGGCAAUUAAUAAUUUCUGUGCCCAAAUGGGUGUGACAGGUGCACAAAUUUCCGUUGAUCCCUCUAUGUUGGAAGCCUCGGUACGAGAUGUUCUCAAUGUCAGCGCUCCACGUAGAUUGGUGGUAAUUGAACCUUUGAAGGUGACUCUGGAAAAUUUCCCCCAUCCCAACGCCAUUGAAAUUGAUGUACCCAAUUUCCCACAAAAUCCCGAACAAGGUAGCCACAAAGUUGUAUUGGAUCGUGUUAUUUAUAUUGAACAGAGUGAUUUCAAAUCGGAACCCGAAAAGGGCUAUCGCCGUUUGGCACCCGGACAAAGUGUUGGCCUGCGUCAUGCCAAUUUGGUUAUUUCUUUGAAGGAGGUUAAAAAAGAUGCUGCUGGUCACAUCACCGAAUUGGUAUGUGAAUGUCAGCCCACCGAAACUGCCGAGAAGCCGAAAGCAUUUAUUCAAUGGGUAUCGCAGCCCAUUGAAAUUGAAGUACGCCUUUAUGAGCUACUGUUCAAACAUAAAAAUCCUGAAGAUCCUAAUGAAGUACCUGGUGGUUUCUUAUCGGACAUUAAUCCUAAUUCUAUGGCCAUUAUGCAUUCAUAUGCCGAUCGUUCUUUGGCCAAUUGCAAAGUCUACGAUAAGUUCCAAUUUGAACGUGUAGGUUUCUUCUCUGUCGAUCCUGAUACCACUAAGGAAAAAAUUGUAUUCAAUCGUACUGUGGGACUUAAAGAAGAUGCUGGUAAAAAAUAA